AUGGCCACGCUUAUCCCGCCCCCACGCCGCAAGAAGGCCAAGACGGCCCACGAGGAGGAAUCUAAGCAGGACAGCGCGAUUGAUGCGCCAUCGGUUGUUGUCCAGUUCACUUCCGCUGACGACGGAUCAAAUUUGGGACCAGCGGUGAAUCUUCCAGCAGAUACGCCCAGGGAAGCGCUAGAAGUGUUAGUAAAUCAGCUGAAAGGCAGUUCAGACGAUCCAGUACCGUUUUCGUUCCAUUUAGACGUCGAGCACAUCAACGAGAACGUGAAGCCUGAAGAAAAGGCCUUGAAAGCGUCAAGGUUGCCCAUCAGUACCAACAUUCUAGCUGAUGCGCUUUCUCAGAAGAGCAUUACAACGUAUGGCUUAUCAACCGAAGACACCUUCAAAAUAAUCUGUGAGCCACAGGCGGUGUUUAGAGUAAGGCCCGCUUCACGCUGCUCUUCUACGCUUUCAGGUCACUCGUCGCCUAUUCUCUGCGCCGCAUUCAGCCCGACGGGCAAUAUGCUCGCUACAGGUGGCGGAGACUGCACAGCACGUCUAUGGGACCUCAAUACUGAGACGCCGAAGCAUACACUUGUUGGGCAUCCUUCUUUCGUUCUUUGUGUCGAGUGGGAGCCUCGUGAGAGAAUGCUCGCUUCCGGCAGCAAAGACGGUAGUUUGCGUCUUUGGGAUCCUCGUACAGGCAGCGCAAUCGGUGGAGCGCUCACCGGACACACUAAGUGGGUCACUAGCAUUGCGUGGGAACCCGCACACCUCAAUGCGAAAAACCCUCGCUUUGCAACGUCCUCCAAAGACUCAACGGUUAAAGUGUGGUCGAGCGACACGCGUAGGUUGGAGUACACACUCGGCGGUCACACAGCGUCGGUUAAUGUAGUGAAAUGGAGUGGCGAGGGCGUGCUGUAUACGGCUAGUCAGGAUCGUAGCAUCAAGGUGUGGAGCAGCGAUGGGAAAUUGAUUAGAUCGCUCAAUGAACAUGCUCACUGGGUUAAUACUCUCGCCCUGUCCACUGAUUUCGUGCUGCGUACCGGCCCAUUCGACUGGCGGGGUUCCAAACCUAGCAGCGACGAAGAGGCACUCAAAAUGGCUAAGGAGAGGUAUGACGGCUUGGUAAAGAGAGCCUCCGAGCUGGUGAUUAGCGGAUCGGACGAUCAUACACUCUACCUGUGGUCCCCGCUCACUUCAAAGAAGAGCAUUGCGAGAUUGACAGGACACCAGAAACAAGUGAACCACGUUGUCUUCUCCCCUGACUCUCGUCUCAUCGCUUCGGCUAGUUUCGAUAACGGAAUCAAGUUGUGGGAUGGGCGUACCGGAAAAUUUGUCGCUAGUCUCAGAGGACACGUCGCACCAGUGUAUCGUAUCGCUUGGUCAGCCGACAGCCGCAUGCUUAUCUCGGCAUCAAAGGACUCGACAUUGAAGAUAUGGGAUCUCAAGACUAACAAAAUCCGUGUUGAUCUUCCUGGACAUACAGAUGAAGUAUACUGCGUCGACUUUGUGGCUGAUAAAGUCGUGUCUGGUGGCAGAGACUGUACGGUGAAAAUAUGGAAGAACUAA